AUGGUGAUAUUGCAGUUGUAGAAUUUAUUGUGUUGUCAUAAUCUGCAAUAGGGGAAGCUGGAUAUUAAUAUUUAUAUAGCAAUUAAUAUGAGAGCUAGUCAGAAAUAGAUUAUUAAUCAUUUAUUGUUUAUUUUUUUUAUUUUUUUUUUAUUUCCUCCUAUACUUCAUUAUGUUCUACUUUUUAUAUUUCUUUUUAAAAUCUAGCUAAAGGCUUUGAGCUCUAAUGAGAUUCUUAAACUUGUUAACAAUGGUCUUGUUAAAAGCUAAAUUCUUCAUAAAUAUUUUUAUUGUUUUGGCUUUCGAGCGCUUAAGUGUUUUUAUUAGUUUACGACUUCAUUUAAAACUUAGCUGAAGCAUUUGAAUUUUAUUAACUUUGCUAAUUAUUUAAUUGUUCUACUUAACAUGGGCUUUAUCCUUGUAGAAUUUUUUCAUUUUUUUGACUUUCUAAUAUUUAAGUGUCAAAUUGAUUUGAUUACUUAGAUUUUUAUGAGUGAUUAAUUUAAUUAUUAUUAGCUUAUGGGAGACCGUUACUAGCUGUUUGGGUAGGUUUAUUUUAGACAUCAUUACUCUUUUGAGAUUGCUUUAACUAAGUGCUAACAAACGAAUCCAAUUUUAUACAUUUUAGCUACUCUUCAAAUUAAGAAAAACUUUACUUGA